UGAUCGAGUGUUUUGUUUGUGUCGGCCUCGUCACUUCCGGGUUCGAGUCCAUCCGUUCCCGCCGGCUGGUGACGGACCUCCUCAUCGAGCACGCACAGCGAGCGAGCGCGUGCGGUUCCCGUGCUCUGUCGCCGUCACGAGCCUGAGCUCUCGGAUCGCUGAGAGACGACGACGACGACGCGCGCGCAGGGUCGAGACAUGUCAGCUGCCCUGCACGCGCAGCUGGCCGCCAUCAUGGAGGUGCUGGCUAACGCGGCGGUGGCGGAGAUCUGUGAGCUGGUGGACGGAGGCUACUCGCUGCUGCAGCUCGAGAUCUCGCGGAGCCGCAAAGAAAACGAGGCUCUGCGCCGGAAGCUGCGGCUCGCGGAGCUGCGCGCCAACCGCGCGACCGCACUGCGCGCCGCCGUGGCCGCCAGCGGCACCGCGCUGCCGCACGCGAGCUGCCGCGCUCGAGCUCCACCGCCGGCGCGUCACCCGGGCAACGACCCGAGGGGGAAUCGAACCCCGGCAGGUGAAGUGGCGGUGUUGGCGGUGGCCCCUCAGGAGCCGCCCCCUGACCCUGGACAGGACAGCACUCCAGCACCUUCUUCACCUCCUCGCCUGACAUCGUCCUUCACUCCGUCCGUUUCUCAUCGCUCUCUCCGCCGAUCGCAGCCUGCCGCUGUUGAAUCGAUCAACCUGACGAUGGCGGUGAUCAAAGUGGAGGACGACAGCGAGGACGAGUCCUGGUCCCGGCCCGAGCCGAACACUGGUUUUUGUCGUGUUGGUGAAGAACAGACGACAGAGACAGAACCUCUGCCUCCGUCGACCAAACAGGAAGCAGCAGGCGAAGGCCAAAAAAGCCUGAACACCAGCCGGAGGUUGGAAUCCAGCAGUUACGAAUGUCUGAUGUACGAGCCACAGCUCCAACAUGGCCCCCGCGUUACCCAGAAUCCUCUGAGUGAGAAUCCUGGCUGCUCGUACGUGUUGAACACCAGUGAGCUGAGUGUUUCUGAUUCAGGCAGCAGCAGCAGCAGCUUCCCUUUCAACGCCAAUGAGACGAGCCCGUCUGCAGCAGAGCUCCAACAGCCCGCAGUGUUCAUUGACAACCAGCAGAGGGCGCCGUUAGCCACAGACCAGCCUCAGCAUCCAGUAAGAAAAGCAGUGACUGAGAGACAGGCUGCUUUCAUCAGGAGGGACAGAUGGAGACAUCAGGGUGGAGUCAACAGAGCUGCCACCCAGAGCGGAGAGGAUGGCGGGGGGAAGUCGUUUGUGUGUAACUGCUGCGGUAAAACUUUGGCCUGCCUGAAGAACCUAAAGACCCACAUGAGGGUCCACACCGGCGAAAAGCCAUUUGUCUGCUCGCUGUGUGGCAAGCGCUUCUCCGACUCCAGCAACUUGAAACGCCACCACAGCGUCCACACCGGAGAGAAGCGCUACGGCUGCGUCCACUGCGGCAAACGCUUCGCUCAGUCGGGCUCUCUGAAGGUCCACAUGACCGUCCACACAGACUGUAAACAGUUCAGGUGUUCGUACUGUGGCAAGACGUUUAUAUCAGGCAGCCACCUGCGACGACACAUCACUGUCCAUGCAGGAGAGAAACGGGUGCCGCCAACAUUACAGGGACAAUGACGGUGGUGGGGUUAAAGGUCAGGGUUCAGAUCCCACUGGAGCCACAUGUGCCAACAGUGAAUGGACAAAAUAACACACAAGACCUGAACAGCUGCUGAGCAUCUGUGGAGCUGGAUUUCAGAUCUGCCUCUGAAACACAGGCUCCGUUCACACCUGGUAUCCACAUGUGGUUUUUGUAAAACGAAUGUGGACACGUGGACCGGACCACCUCCGAAUGGGAUCUGGAGGGAUCGGAUCGCUAUGCGACCUGAGUGCGUUCACACCUGAACUUGGAACUGAUCACAAAAACCACAUGUUAAUACCAGGUGUGAACGGGGUCAGAGGAAAUAAUCUCAGCUUCCUCCAGAAAUGAAACCAAAUGAUCCUGGAGAGGAACCCUGCUGCCAUGAGUCAGUCUGUGCAGUGGUGAUCGGGGGACCGAGGUCCCGCCCAGACACAUGAGCGACCUAUCAGGAGUCAGUGUCAGCUGUCAAUCAUGACAUCUCAACUAACAAAAAUGAUAGAAAACAUUUUUACAAACAUUUUUUUAACGUCUGCUUGGAUUAGUUGUGUUUGGUCACAUCAGCGAACAUGGAGGAGGUGGGGUUAAUGACCCGUACUGCUGCCAGCCACCAGGGGGCGACGGACAUGCUUUGGUUUCCCUUUUGUUCUGGAGAAACUGAAGUUCACAGAAAAACACUGGAUUCCUUUUUAACAAGGUUUUAAUACACGAUAAACUCUGACUUGAACUUAGAUCAAACAAAACAAUGCACCAAGUACUGUAAAUGUUAAAUCUUCUAACACAGCGCCAUCAAAAGGCCAAAAGAGAAACUACGCAUCAUCUAAACUGCUGUUUGUUCAUUUAGACAAUUUACUGGUUGAAACACAGCGAUCAACACUGCAGUUAUUUCAGAAGCAAAUACAUCGGAUUCAUCCGUGAACAUUUUUCAUUUCUGACAUCAGAAUUGUUUCAAAUGAAAAUCUAGUUGGUGUUUCAUAUGAGAUUUAGAUUUACAGUUUUCAGAGCAGCUGUUUUAACUGUGAGAGACUUUACAUGGAUACAGAACAGGGGAGUUAAAAUGAACGGUUAUAAUAAGUGCGUUCACAAGAGAAUCACAUUUCAAACAAAACGUGUACAACAUCAUCAACACCAUGUACAGUAACAGGAAUCAGAUCUAAAUUCAUAUUAAAUGUCUUUCAGGAAA